UAACCUGGAGCCGGCGGCCUUUGGUCGGUGUUCUUGGGGCUUGCUCCGAAGCUCCGCCUUCGCUCCGGUCUUUCUGGAAACCCAGCUUUGCUGUUGACCGUGCCGGACAGCGUCGGAGACGCGUGUGUGAGUUCCCCAUGGCUGAUACGGCCCCGAACGGCCCCCAAGGGGCGGGCGCAGUGCAAUUCAUGAUGACCAAUAAACUGGACACGGCCAUGUGGAUUUCUCGCUUGUUCACAGUUUACUGCUCUGCUUUGUUUGUCCUGCCUCUUCUUGGGUUGCAUGAAGCAGCAAGCUUUUACCAACGUGCUUUGCUGGCAAAUGCUCUUACCAGUGCUCUGAGGCUGCACCAAAGAUUACCACACUUCCAGUUAAGCAGAGCAUUCCUGGCCCAGGCUUUGUUAGAGGACAGCUGCCACUACCUGUUAUAUUCACUCAUCUUUGUCAAUUCCUACCCCGUUACAAUGAGUAUUUUCCCAGUCUUGUUAUUCUCUUUGCUUCAUGCUGCCACAUACACAAAAAAAGUCCUUGAUGCAAAGGGUUCAAAUAGUUUACCUCUGCUGAGAUCUAUCUUGGAUAAAUUAAGUUCCAAUCAACAGAAUAUUCUGAAAUUCAUUGCUUGUAAUGAAAUAUUCUUGAUGCCUGCUACAGUUUUUAUGCUUUUUAGUGGUCAAGGAAGUUUGCUGCAGCCUUUUAUAUACUAUAGAUUUCUUACUCUUCGAUAUUCCUCUCGAAGAAAUCCAUAUUGUCGGACCUUGUUUAAUGAACUGAGGAUUGUUGUUGAACAUAUAAUAAUGAAACCUGCUUGCCCACUGUUUGUAAGAAGACUUUGUCUCCAGAGCAUUGCCUUUAUAAGCAGACUGGCACCAACAGUUGCAUAGUUUAACAUCCAGCUAGGUUAUAUAUAUAAGCAUUAUUAGCAGCUGGUACUUCUGCUAGGGUUUGUUAAUUCUAGGUGUAAAACUGACCUCAGUCCAAUUUACAUAAUCUACAUAAAUGCAUCUCAGUGGAAAAAUAAUCAUCUUCCUGGCAUGUUAAAUCAAGCCUUUCAAAAAGUUUCCAAGAAAAUUUUACUGUGCUGUGUUGUUAAUGGUUAAGGAAAUUUGUAUCUAGUGAUAAAUGUAUCAAAUUGUUUUUAGAUGCUACUGUGCCUUUAUCAUGAAGUACAUUUAUUUCUCUUGCAAAAAUAGCUCUAAAAUUUGUUUCAACUUAAUUGGUAACUUGAGUUUAUAUCUGGCAUGAGUUCAUUAUGGUAAUAUUAACGUAUGUGAAUUCAGUAUAUUUUGAGGCAGUAUUCUUUUGCCAUUCAGUAAUUUUGGUUGAUAAUUUUAACAGAAGCACUUUCCUCUGUAUUUUAUUGUUAUUUGAUCUUUUGUUGCUUUGUUAGGACAGAUUUAUUUUGGAUGUACCAUUAUAGGAGGAAUUCUGCAUGUAUCUUAGGCUAUGACCUUCCAAAAUUUUAUUUCCAUAAUUAUUUCUGUGGCUUUGAAUAUUUUUUAAAAAGGCUCAACUUUAAGCUUGUUAGCCACUUGGGUAAAUGUCUGGGGUCACCUAACCGUUUUACAUCAGAAAGCAAUAGUCAUACAGCUUUCUUUUCAGAGAGCCAGUGAGUAACAUUUCUCAAAUAGGAAAUCCGUGUUUUACAAAUGUGGACACAUGGGUUUUAUUAAUAUUAUUAUAGUUUAUAGAAUUACCUAGACCAGAUUAUUGACUGCCAAUUUUCUUGGUUUCUUAGGCUUGAAUUUUUAUAGACAGUUGCAGCAGUUCAGAUGCCUUUUGAAAGGAAUGUAACUGAAGAUUGAGCAUAUGACUAUACUUGGUAUCUGUUCUGAAAUAAUAAUGAAGAUUAUCCUGUAGAUUACAUACUUACCCAUUAAAUCUGAUUUAAAAGGUUAAAUGGAAAGGUUUAUAGGUAAGGUAAUUGGGAAUAGGGCUGGAGGAGGAGUUGUGGGGGAAUAGUGUAUAUUUCCAUUUCGUAAAUAAAUUUGGGGGAAUUGGAUAUAUUAUGCAACUGUGACUUGAGUUGUAUAAUAUGUUAAAUCCUGUUCAUUGAGCUUCCAUCAACUCCUUUAUAAAAUUCAUUCUGAUCUUUAUUACUGUUGCAUGAUUGGAAAUGUUUAAAACAUUGCCAAAAUUUUAGUACAAAAUAAUGUAAUAAUGGUUUUUGUAACCAAUUUUCUUCUGUCUGCAUGUAAUUUGGAUUUUCUCAAAUACAUUCAUUAGUAAUUUAUCAGUAACGUCAGUUUUCUUUUUGUUCAACUUUCCGAUCUAUAGAAAUGUGAUAACUACUUGAUAGUUCAACUGUAAUCAGCUAUUUUUGUAUUUUUGUAAUAUUUAUCUACUAAGUUAGAAAAGCAGCCUCAUAAUAUGCAGUUGAUUUUGUGUGUGUCUGUGUGUCUGUGUGUGUGUGUCUGUGGCUAGCCUCAUUAUCACUAUAUAUGUAAUCUGAUGGUUUUAAGAACUAAAUUUUCUAGAGCAAUAAAGUGACUAUAAUGUUAAGUAAACAGUAUAUUAUUAAUUUCUAAUGUUUUUAAAAAUUGUCUUGAAUUAUGUCAAUAAAUUUUGGCAGCUGAAGGCAUUUAUUUUUAAGUUACUAGUUUAUUUUGUUUUCUGUAAUUUUUUAAAUCUUGAGAUAAUUUUAGAUUUAUAGAAGAAUAACAAAUCGUACAGAGACUUCCUGUAUACUCUUUAACUAAGCUUCCUCUUAGGUUAAUAUCCUUCAUAACUAUACAACAUUCCUCAAAACUAAGAAAUUAACCCUGAAACAAUACUAUUCUAAAGUACAGAACUUAUUCAGGUUUCACCAGUUUUUCCAUUUAUUAAUUUUCUUUUUGCGUCUUCUGUUUUUACCAUGAUGUUCUUUUACUUUUAAUGACCUUGUAAGUAUGAGUUUUGAGUUUUUCCUCUUUCUUUUGAAAAUUUCUGUUGGUCAAAAAGAUUUUCCUAAGGAAAAUAAUUAUUUGGUUUUAACAAAAAGAAUUUUAACAUUAAAACUAUUAUAAUUUAGAACAGAGUUUUAAAAGUCAAAGCUUUUUAUAACAUAGCAGGACUAUAAUUCUGAUAUGCUCACAUUUGACUGUUCUUUAAAGGAAGGAUUGAUUUAUAAAUAAAAUACUCCUAAACUCAUGAAAAAGUAAAUUUUACAAUUUGAGCAUUACUAGAUGUUUUGUUUGCAUGAACUUGUAGUUAGAAAUUCCGUGAUAUGAAUUUGUACAACCAGCUGAUUUGGCAUCUGAAAUUAUAGUGUAACAUGUACACCUAUCAAAUUACAAUUAAGGAAAUACAUUAGCAGUAUAAAGAAUGAAUGCAGUAGGAGAAAUUACGGCUGCAGAGCUGAACUUAUUUUUACUUACAGGUUUAAAAAAAGUUGACUUAACAUCCAGAACGUCUUAAUUCUUUAGGAAGUGGUGUAGUGCUGUUCUCUAGCACUCUAGCACUUUUAGAUAGUAAACCUUCUUGGACAGGUGGAAGCCUCAUACAAAACCUACUUAAUUCUAACAAGAAUUCUGUAUUCCUUUUAUAUACCUUUUAUAUCAUGAAUUUAAACUCCAUUUACCAUCAAUCCAAAGAGAAAUUGUUUAAAUAACAAUUCAUAUUUAAAUUUUCACCAAGGUAGAUGUUCCUGGACAUAAGCAAGAAAGAAAGCUAAUUUUUUUAAAAUUUAAAUUUAAUAUUUAGGAACCUUCCUUACAGGGAAGAUCAAAGCAUGCUAAUAUUAAACCAGAAGUUAUGAAAAAUUUAUAAGGUCUGUUGUAUAACUAAGAAUUGUAAAGCUAUCAAAAAACUUCCUUUCUUCCUAAAAAUCAGAAUCAAAAAAUCAGAUUAGGUUUGUAAGUUUAGGGCAUGAAUAUUAUUCAUCCUGGAAAGGAAAAUGAGUGUAUAUGUAAUAAGACAAGUGGAACUGAGACUUAGGUUUUUUGAAGGUUUGAUAGCAGAAUGAAUGAAAUUAAUUUUGAGAGAUUCCAUAUCUAAUGCUAAGGAAUUUAUUUUGAUUACUAUAGUUAUUCUGAAACUUCUCCCCCACCACCCCUGCCCAAAUCCCCUUAGGGUCUGCUACCCUCAAAGCUAUCACCCAAAUUUAGACUACCUUUUAUUUUUUUUGGUGAGAAGGAUUCACUCUGAGCUAACAUCUGUUGCCAAUCUUCCUCUUUUUUUGCUUGAGGAAGAUUAGCCCUGAGCUAACAUCUGGGCCAGUCUUCCUCUAUUUUGUAUGUGGGUUGCUGCCACAGCAUGUCUUGCUGAGUGGUGUAGGUCCGAGCCCAGAAUCCGAACCUGCAAACCCUGGGGCCACCGAAGCGGAGCAUGCCAGACUUAACCGCUAUGCCCCGGGGCUGAGCCCUAGACUACUUUUGAUACUUAUUCUGUAAAGUGAAAACCUCAAGGAGAAAAUAACCACGGACAGUUAUGUUUAUGAUCAGUAGGUGGCACUCUUUCCUCAAGUAGCCCCCCAGUUGGUUCACAUGCCAUAUUGGAAGGUUAAAUGCCACUGUAAGUGCUGAGUCAGCCAUGAAACUAAGGAUCUGAAUUCCAUAACCCUUUUUAAUAUGCAAUUAUUCAAUAUUCAACAAAUAUUUAGUAAGCAUUUACUAUGAGUAGAUUUUUUAAAUACCGAAAUGUUCAAAAGUUGGAAGAAGUACCCUGUUAAUAUCUGCUUUCUAGGUAAACUGUAAAAUAGGCCACAAUUGGGAGUAGCAUCAUUCAGAUUAUGGUCUGUUUUUUUUUUUUCGUUAUUAAGUGCCUAAAUCACUUGAACACAUCAAUUAUAAAAUUGUUCUUUCUCCUUCAUUUUCAGGUGUGUAGAAAAAUGGUACUUAAAAUUUUUUCAUGGUCAUUUUGUAGGUACACAAGUUAUAGCCAGUUUCUCUUAAAAUUUAUACUUCUCACAGAAUAAAAGCAUAUUGAAAUCUUUGGAUAUUAUAUCAGGAAUGGUACCUAGGUUUGUAAAUCCAAUUUGAGUUGCAGAGACAACUAGUUUCUCAUAACACCUCAUUGGAAUUUCUCUAGGAUUAGGACAAUUUUACAGAGCUAUAUGAUAGUAUAGCUCAACAGAUGGUUUACCAAAGGCACCCGUUUAUAAAUCCAGGAGUUAUUCCCAGAGUUUUUGAUGAGCAGUCCUCUUAAAGUAUUCUGGGUGGAAAGUUGUUACUGGAUCUGGCGUUAAGGAUAAGAAAAGAGCUGCUAAAAUUUGGGGAGGUUUCCUGGUAGUGAUUAUUCUAGGACAUGUGUAUCUUCUAAUGUGGUCUUCAGGUGGGUUCUUAGAAGGAACACGUUCUUGUGUAAGGGGUUAACCCUAGAGUAGUCUUUCUCUUGUGCAGUGCAGAUAGGAAAACUGACCUGCAUUGAGUUUGAGUUGAUUUGAUAAGAGAUGAAGUACAGUAUUUUUUUAAUCUAAAGCAGAUUCUUUUUCUUAGAAAAAGAUAGGAAAAAAAUUAUUGAUGGAUGUCUUUGCUGGAAUCUAAAAAUUAGCUCAUAUUUCAGGACAAAAGCAUGCCCAAGAAUCAUUUUACUUUUUCCUUCAUAGCCCUCUGAAGCUACUUUUUUGAUAUGCUCAGUACUUUUUGUUUUUUUAAUAUAUAUAUUUUUGAAUUUUGGUGAGGAUUACUAGCCCUGAGCCAACAUCUGUCACCAAUCCUCCUCCUUUGCUGAGGAAGAUUGGCCCUGAGCCAACAUCCAUGCCCAUUUUCAUUUUACAUGUGGGAUGCCUGCCACAGCAUGGCUUGAUAAGCGGUGCCGAGGUCCGCGCCUGGGAUCCAAACCCUCGAACCCUGGGCCGCUGAAGCAGAGUACACAAACCCAAUCACCACGCCACCGGGCCAGCCCCAUGCUCAGUACUUGUAAACAGACCUUUUUUUUCUUGGUUCAUGAAAGUUUAAUUCCAAACUUUGACUAUUUUCUUUCGUAACUUUAAAAUAGAACAAUUGCUUUUGACAUGAAUUUUUGCUUACAUAUAUAUUUGUAAAUUAAGACCAAAUGGGCAAAGUCUUGGGCAGGUAACGUUAGUGAAGUGUGUGUAUUGGAACAAAUGGAAAAGGGUUGCAAAGAUUAGAAAGAGUCAGAAAAAACUGCUUGAUUUAUAAAUGCAUUUCUUCUGGUGCUCUAUAUAAUGGGAUAUAUUGAACUAAAAAAUUUGUAUAUACAGAAUGUCAGCAUUUCUUAGUAAUUUCUCUUGAAUCCGUUUUUAAUAUCCAAUAUUGUACAGGUUGGGGAGUUAUACUCUUCAGCCAAUACUAUCCAGACUGUAUAAAUUUAUAAAAUAAGUUGAAAAAUUUAUCAUUCCCUGUUUUCAAGACCAAAGUACGUAAAUGCUAAUGUAGGGCUCAGAGGGAAAAUAUAUUUCUCCUGAAUAUUUGAGAAAAUGUGAAGUCUUUUCAAGAAAAUCUAAUAAACAUAAUAAUCAUAGCCUGCUGACACUAAGGAAAAAGGACCUCAUUCGCUCGUUCUUUUAUGCAGCGAUUUACUGGUCCCUACUGAUUGCCAAAUUGGAUCACUGUAGUAAAUUAUCUAUGCUGGUACCUGUGAAAGUAAGCCCUGGGAUCCAUAUUUGUUUUGUGUUCUGCUUAAAUCAGCAAGAAUGAUAAAUUUGAUGGUGUGAAAUUGAAAGUGUCACGGGCUUUCUUUGGUGAUUGAGCAAAAUAAUGUCUCCACUUGUAAUUUAUUGUGACCCUUUUCACUGUACGUGCUUUGUAUAUCUAAUAUUUAUUUCAGUACAAAUUAAAUUGUUCUUUCAUCUA